AUGAAGCUUCACUCCCAAAGACAUGAUGGAAUGCAGCAUAUGACGCCCAACGAAUGGGGGUCCACUGUGCGGGUCCGUUCGUUCCACGUGGAAUUCCCAGAAGACGAGGAGACACCAGUGACACACACGUUGUCUUUCCAGAGGGACUUCGUCCGAAGGGACGGGGGACUUAACCUUGAACACCGUUUUCGACGGUCUGGUGGAUAUGUUGAGUUCCUCAUUAACGACAGGUUUCAUGCAAUACUUGCCCUUCGAUGGCUGCCGCUUGUUGCCCUCGUCUUCAUCACGGUGGUCAUCUGCGCUGCAACUCUAUCACUGGCGUUACUUCUUGCCACUGGAGGGAAUGCAGAUAAGUGCCUCGGAAAUUCGAAUUCAAACUGGGAUUACUUCUUCUUCGUCGUCGAGACCAUGUUCGCAAUCGGCUAUGGAAGUCCCAGGUACCCUUCAUGCCGUGUCUCCAGCUUCAUGGUAACCCCAAUCGUUGUCACGGGCGUGCUGCUGAAUUCACUAAUUUUGGGUCUUGUCUUCCAAAAGUUUUCAUCCGCGGCAAGAAGGAAAUGGGCCCUAGCAUUCACGCAGAGACUGGUCGUCUCAAUCCACCGGUCCUCGUCGCCCAGCAACACUUUCGUCGUGAACGAGGGCGCUUCUUCGCCAUCAAGCCACCACCGUACAGCGUCGGGAAGCUCCAUCCAAUACCCAUCCGGCUCACCCAGUGCUCCGUUGCAGGAGCCGCUGCUUGUUGGCAUACCUGAAGAAGAGUCGUCUUCUCCGAACGCAAGCGAAGGGCACACAUCCCAGAGCAGCGUGGACAAUGGUGUGCAGCAGUACCAACGAAACGCAUCGAGUCAUACGUACCUGGCUCGACCAUCGAGUGAUUCAGUGCUUAUUAAAGGCAACGAAGACGGCUCUAAAAACGAUUUGCCUGAGUCAACGCAGGGUCUACGGAUAUCGUUUCGCAUGUUGAACAUUACGGAGACAUCAUUUUUCAAUACGAAGCUCGCUCUAUUUUUUUUGGUGCACCGGCGAGGAGGGCUUUCAAUUCGUCAGUUUUCCAUGUUCCACACCGACACCCCACUGGAGUUCAUGGCGCUACCAAUUACUGUCACAGUCGACCAGCGUGACGUUGGAAGUCCCCUAAGAGAUAUUACGGAGGCGGAUUUACGAAAUCAUGGAGAAUGCUACGAGCUCCUCGCUCUUCUCUCCUUCACUGACAACAGGACAUCCCGCACCGUCGAAGUCAGCCGAAGCUGGCGGCUCAAUACUGCGGUUUGGGAUGAGCAUUUCGUUCCCAUCGUGCGUCAGUCUGGACCAGGCUCUACUCGAGCAUUCGAGAUCGACGUUGACAACCUCAGCACCACUCGAGCCCCAGUUGCGGAUUGA